AUGGCCACAUCCGACGCAACAGCCCUUGCCUCCCUCCAGCAAGCUGGAGCCCUCCUUGCCGAAGGCCACACAUCCGCCGCCGUCCCUCACCUGUCUGCCUUUCUCGCCGCCGCCUCUGCUGGCAGUGCCCCUCCCGGGCUGGCUGAGCAUGUGCCGUCGGCUUUGCUGGCUCGGGCCCAGGCGACUCUGGCCACCGAUGCCUCGGCUGCCGCCUGGGAUGCCCAUGCCCUGGUCAAUCUCCGCCCGCACUGGGGCCAUGCCUACGCUAUGCGUGCUGCCGCUCUUGCUGCUGCCACGGAUCUUCCGCCUGCUUUGCCUACUCCGUCUGCCGCCCCGCUUGCUGCUAAUCGUGAAGCUGUGGCGGCUCUGGUGGCCACCGAUACCGCACUUGCGGCUCGCCUUGGAGGCGCAGGGGCUAUUUCUACGCCCAAUGGCUCAUCGCAAGGUACUGUGCUUGAUCAGCAGCUGGUGGCAGCGGUCGCUGCACAGCAAAGCGCCAUGAUGGCCUCGCUGGACGCAGCAGCAGCAGCGGCGGCGGGACCGAGCGCGGCGGCCGUAGAGGCGGCGGCGGCGGCGAGCUGGGCUGCCGCAUAUGGUGGUGGUACGACAGCGGUAGCGCCAUCUGGUGUGGCUCGCAAGCGCAAGCGCGAGGAAGAUCCGCUGGCGUUGGUGCGUGCGCGGCUGGUUGUGUUGCGAGGACUAAGUGCCGUGGUCGAUGCCGAUGCGGUUGCCACUGUGGCGGCCAACAAGUGCGGUAUGCUGCUCAAGGACGUGACUUCGGGCGAGGCGUAUGUAGCGCUGUUUGCUGAGGCGAACGCCGCUCCGAAUGCGCGAUCUGCCGCUGUGGUCUUCUUCAAGCCCGAGUCGGUCACACUCGCUGCCUCUCUCCUUGAUGGCGCCGAUGUCUGCGGCGCGGUGGUGCGGGUGGUGAUUGGGCCGGCUGCAAUCGCAGCCGCUCCAGACGGCUUUCUUGAUCUUGCGCUCGAGUGCAUCGCCGCUGUCCAUACGGCUGCCAACGCCAAGCGCCGCCCGCGUGCCAACGGCAAGUCUGCCGACAUAGCCCGUGAGCCGGAGGCGGCUAGGAUUGCAGUCCGGCAGGCGACCGCGCUCACCUGGGACGGCGACGACGAGCCAGAGCGGGCUGAGCAGCUCGGGGUGAAUGCAAGCGCAAGCGCAAAGGCGAGCGGAUCUACUGCACGCCAGUCCGACACGGCCCUUCCGAAAGUGCUCGUAGCCAGGCACGCCUUUACGCCCGCCACUCUUCUCAAGUCGCCCAACGCGCUUGCGGGCGUCAAGGCUGCUCUGGCUUCGGCCGCUGCCCGGGCAGGGGCCUCGUUGCGCAACAUCGAGAUCUUCGAUCUCCACCCGGACGGAGUGGUCAAGCUCACGGCGGCAUCGCACCAGCAAGCGCUUUUGCUCCGCCGCGGCCUGCACGGCGUUCACAUGGAUGCCGAACGUGAUGCCAGCUCGUUUGAAGGUGCGGUGGUGGUCGAGACGAGGUAG